AUGACAACUGAAGAGCAGAAAUUGAAUGCGAUCAACGUGAAUCUUUCACAAACGCUUUUUACACGUGAAUACGUGGCACUUGACAAGAAGGAUUCGUCGAUAACCGACAAACUUAUCGAACAGUUCAAUGAAGCGAAUUCGGGAAGAUUGGAAGCAAGCAAAAUUAUUGCGCAAAUUGGCAUUAAUCAGAUUAAACAAAUCGCGUUGGGACCAAGUCAUUUGGCUAUAAUGCUUGAAAAUCAUAAUGUGAUUCGUAUCAAAUAUGAAUCGGAAAAAAUAAAAGACGGCACGAGAGAGGGCUUCAAUGAGAUGGUGCAAUCGAUGACCGGCAUUCCGCCGCCGUCCAGCGCUCAUCAAUCGACGAGAAGCAACAGCACGAAAUAUCGACGAGUGAUGAUCGGCAGCAACUCGCGGUCGUAUUGUCGAAUUCGGUCGGCGACCGGCGGCGACACGAGAAGUGUGAUUAUUGGAAGCUCGCGGAAUCUUGUGCCGGCUUCCAGCGUUCCCGAGGAUUUGAUCGCGAAUGUCCAACAAGUUCUGCAGGGCAAAUCGCGCGAAGUGAUUGUUCGCGAGCUUCAACGAACUGGAUUGAAUGUGAAUGAAGCGGUUAAUAAUUUGUUGUCGAGAGAGGAUGGAGACGAAGGAAUGGAUUUGGCAAAUGACGGACUCCUUCCAGAAGAGCUCAUCCAGCUUCUUGAGCAAUCGAGCAGCGCGAUCACUGGCGGACACGUCGGCAUUUCUUCGAGUCUGGACCCGACGGAUGAUCGCUACAUGGAAGCGAGCUACUAUCGAUCAGGACCAUCAUCGUCGAAGAGGAAAGACAAGAAAAAGAAGGAAAAUGAGACGAUUAAACAUGAUUUCCAUCUUGGUGAGACGAUUGAAUGGUGGGGCGGAGAAGAAGGCAAAGGAUUGCCCGAUGAUCUAUUGAACCAGCAGAUUCCGGAAUGUGAUGGAAAGGGAAAAAUCGCUCCGAUUGUUGGAAUAGCCGCUACCAGCUGGAACUUGUAUGUUUUGCACAAAAAUGGCCAAGUCUAUACAUGGAAUUGGAACGAGCCGACGGGAAACAAUGUGCCGCAUCCGAUUCUUCAUGACGCGAAGGCGACGACGUGCAAAGAAGCGUUGAGCGCUGGCGAUUUGAAGAAUCUGGUGGUGAUGUUGUCGACGAGCAACUUGCGAAUCGCUAUCAUCACGCAAAUGGGCGCGAUGGUCUCGUGGUUGGAUGAGUACGCGGUUGGAAUGAGAGUUGCGACGGCAACGGAAUGCAUUGGCAUUCUGCCGAGAGAAUCGUUACCCAAUUUGCAAAAUUUCACCACUAGCGAUAAUAUGGCGGCGGUUCGGGUCAACAAUACUGUAUAUUGGUGUGGUUUAAUUCCACCGUCGGAUCGGGUUAAAGCAUUUGAGAAGGAAAAGAGCGGGCAGAAGAAGCACGUCUCAUUCGGCGACUCCAACUCGUAUUCUUGUUCAUCGUCAGGAGUCCAUGCUGAUUUUCCGAUUGGAUCACAGGUUCAGCUCAAGAAGUCGCCGAUUUAUCCCGCGGGAAGUGUCGGCGUUUUUCUGGAUUCGUGUGAGCCAAUGGUCGGCGUUCUUUUGGAGGAUUCGUGGACGGUUGGCGAGAGCUGCAGAUUCCGUGUGCUCACCGUCGAAGAAUAUGAUUCGGAGCAGUUGGGCUCUUCUGUCAAAGAGGAGAUUGAGGAGGAUGAGCAGCAGCAAGUAGAACCGGUGCAGCAGGAGCGCGAUCAACAACAGCAACAGGGUGAGCUGCAGGAGGAUAUUCUUGAACCGGCGCCCCCAGUACGAUUGCCACACGCCUCCGGUGACUCUGGACGAAUAUCGCGUAAACGACGAUGCGGUCGCUCGUUCAACAACUCACCUCAUCAUUCGGCGAUCAAAUCGGAACGACGGACCGAAAUGUGGUCGGUUGACGAUGUGACGUGGAUUCACGAGCAUAGGAAAAGGGAUGUGCUCACUGUUGUUGUGAACGAUAAUAAUAUGGUGGCUGUGAAGUUUGAUGAUAAUCGACCAAUGCCAUUCGCUAGUUCUUAUAGUGAUCUAUUGGAGGAGGAGAGUGCUGUUGAAACGAAACCUGUCACCACGUGCCCUGGAGCAAUGCGAAUUCUGCGCAAAGAAGACGUUCAACCAUAUCUGAAGAAGUCUGAUAGUCGUUGCCCUCGAGUGAUGCAAAAAGAAUUGGCGAAAUUCGUGUUCGACGCUUCAAAAUCAAUUGUUUCGAUGAUUUCGGAUCGACACGGAUUCCGAAUACUGGCGAAAUCACGAAGCGAAAAAGAAUAUUUCAUUUGUCGAAUGAUGGCCACCGGAAAAUUGAUGUCGAAACGAAGAUUGCCGAUGUAUCCGCCUUCGGUUGAGGAGAAACUUCUGACGAAUGGUGUGGCGCCGGAUUUGUUGAGUUUUGGUGAUAAUCGCACUGCGUUCCUUCGCGAUUCGACGGGUCAAAUCAUUCCAUUGGUUCGCGAUGCGAUUUCGGGCUACCGCGAGCCGCCUGUUUUGCACGCGCAGCCGAUUGCGUUCAUUUCGUCGAUUGCGCGGCCGAUAAGUAGGGUGUCGAGCGCCUGCGAGAAGGGCUCGUUCUGGGAAGGAUCGGUGAUUGUGAUUCCGGGAAAUCGCAAGCCGUAUCAUACGCGAUUCAUCCGCGAUGGAUCCUCAUUGAUGCAGUUGAUUCUGUUCGGCGAUCUUGAAGGCGUUCAGAUGUUUCUUGAUCGAAUGCUUCAGUUAAAAUUUAGCAAUCUAUUGACUCCUCACGAAUUUCGGUCGAUUAUGCGCGAGCAGUUGUUCGAGCUCACUUCUGAUGGUUGCUCCAAUGUGCUCCAUGCCGCUAUUCGAAUGUGUGUACCCGCCAAGAACUCGAUGGACCAUGACAAACGCAAACCGGAUUCCGAAGAGCCGCCACUAUUCGCGUCGAGGCCCAACUCGUCGUCGAGCAGCAAGGAGACGGACUCGUCGACGGGCGGAGAGGUUCAUCCACCGGCGCCGGCGCGAUGGAAAGGUGUUUUGAGAGGACGAAGCCGACGAUCGGGCGAUAAUGAUUCCGAUGAUAGACGAGCGAGCGGUGGAAGUCAGGCGGAUGGUAAUGAGCGAGCGAUUUCGGAGGAAUCGGUGUCGUCAAACUCGUCGCUUCGUGAAGAGGGAUUUGAUAUGCCGUUUGGCACGCAUGUGAAGACGCCGGAGAAGCGGCAAAAGAAUGCGUUGGAAAUUGUGGAUCUGAUUCUGAAACAUUCGUCGAUUUUCUUUGAUAAAGAUGCGGCGGAGGAGACGCAAUUUGCCGAAGAAGCUGACAUUUUGACGACAAUCAAGGCGCUUUUGUCGGCUCGCGAUAUAUCGGGAAUGACUGCGUUCAUGCUUGCCGUGAAUUUGCGAACUUAUGGUGCUGCCUAUAGUAUUUGGAGGGCGCUUUUGCAAUUGGACAUUCGCAAUAUGGAGCACGAGGAGCAGCUGAAAUACAUCUUCCCGGCGGCGAUAACUGAUGCUCACUAUAAUGCCGAUGAUUCGCCGUUGUUCCUUUUGUGCUACAAUGACAAUUGCUCGUUCACUUGGACUGGUGAGGAUCAUAUUAAUCAGGAUAUCUACGAAUGCCGCACGUGUGGACUCACUGGAUCGUUGUGCUGCUGCUCGGAAUGUGCGUUGACUUGCCAUCGGAAUCAUGAGUGCAAGUUGAAGAAGACGUCGCCGACGGCGUAUUGCGAUUGUUGGGAGAAAUGCGCUUGCAAGUCGUUGGUGGCUGGAAACGAGGCACUUCGUGAGGAGCUCUUGGAGCAACUGUUGCAGCAUACGAAGUUGUACGAGAUGGCCAACGCGCGAUACGAGCACAUAGUUCUAUUUUUGACGAAGACGCUCGUCCGACAACUCAAAGAGCAGGGCGGACAAAUUGGAUCGCGCAAGAAGCGGAAUGCGGCGGCGGCGGCGGCUGCUGUUGCCGCCGGAAGCUCGUCGGCAGCGGCGUAUCGACGAAUGGAGGCUUGGUCGUUGCGGAUUCAUGAUGAUCGUCCGGUGGAGCAUCCGAACGCGGAGAACAUGCCCGAACACGACUUGAAACCGCCGAAAUUUGUGAGAUUCGCAUUGGAAAAAUGCCUGUGCCGGCCGAAUGUGGUCAAAAGUGCCAUUUGCCAUGGAUCAAAACAUAUUGAUUUCGACAAACAUAUGAGCCGCGAUCAUUUGCAUUUUGCGAUUCAGAGCGGAGCGUCGCAUUUGGAUAAGCUUACAUAUUAUUUGCUCAACAAACGUGUUAAAGAGUAUUGCACCAAUUUUGUUAACACACUAAACAUGGAAUUGACGACUCGUGGUGAAACGAGAGACGAUUAUGUUGAAGAUUAUGUUGCUCGAUUCGUCAGAAGUGUGAUUCGCGUCAUCACCUUGGCGGUGAAUGUGUCACCGGCUGCCGCUGGAGUUAUUUUAGUCGGUGAAGCGCCGCCGGAGGCGACGAACAACGCAAGCUCUAGCCAACGUGACUGCCAAUUUCGAUUCUUCAACUCGAUUCCGUUUGGCGGCAUUCCGUUGCCGAUCACGAAGAAGGAUUCGAUAAAGCAUUCGGAUAAGACUGCUGGUGUGAUGGCGUUGGUUGGAUCGGCGAUCGCAAUGCUUCGACAAUUCCCAUCGUUUGCGAUUCUGGAGCUCGCCGCGCUUGCCGAUUCCCUAUUGGCACCGGUGAGAUUUGGCCUGGUGCGACCCAUCUCGCCACCGACACUUUCUUCGCAUCAUGAGCCGCUGGAGUUGCUUGAGAAGUUCUUCACUAGUGAUAUGUCGUGGCCGGAGGCGGUUCGCAAAAUGAGAAAGGAUGAGAAGAAGACGAGAGUGGAGGCGAUGAGAAAGAGAAAGCAAUUCAACAAGCCUCCGAAUGAGCGCGAGCGUGCGGAUAGUAUUGAUAUUGAACCAAUUGAUAAUGAGGAACUCCCGCAGGAUUCACAAGAAAGUCAAGUUCGUCAUCGUAACGACUCGACGAGCACACACCGGGCUCGGCGAGUUUCGUCGAUAUCGGGAAAUGAGGAGAAUGACGAGAACACUGGACGGCAAGGAUUCGAAGCGCCUGCACAGGACAGCGAUGGCGAUGAUGAUGACGAUGGCGAUGAUGACGAUGACGACGAUGACGAUGAUGAUGAUAGCGAUGAGAAUCAGGUGAAUGUCGUCCAAUUUGUUGGUGAGGAUGAGGAGGAGGAAGCGGCACGUGCUGAGAACGAGCGCAAUUGGCUUUACGAUCCGUCGAGUCCAUCGGAAGGCGAUGAUGAUGAGGAUGAUCGCGAUCAGUCGUCGAAUGAGGAACAGCAGUUUGCUGAGAAUCCUGAUGAUCAGAUUCAAGCGGGACCCGCCCUUCCACCACCAGAAAAUGCGGACGAUGGGGUUCGGCAGUUUGAUCAGAUUCCGGAGGUUGAGGAGCCGCAGGCGAUGGAAGUUGAUGAUUCGUUUUUAAAUCGGCAACAAAGCAUCGCUCGCGCUAUCAGCGGUUCGGCUGCUGCUGCUGCGGCUGCCGUUGCCGCCGCCGCCGCCGCUGUCAACGAAUCGGCGCCGGUGUUCAUGUCGACGAGCUCAUCGUCGUCGUCUCAGCAACCGGCUGCCAACGAUUCGGCUAAUGAGGAAUCGUCAAGAACACGUGGAACACUUCCAUAUUCGAGAAGUAAUCGAAGCGCAUGGGCUCGAGGGCGCCUUUUCCUUGGCUCCAAUCGCAGCCCGCCGCGCACUUCAUCAGGAAUGCUCCGAAAUCCGUUUUUGGAUGAUGAUGUUCCUGCUGCUCCAGCGACCUCGUCAAACAGCGUUGCCCAGCCGGAAUCGGAGUCCUCUUCAACAACACCGGCCCCAACUGGAACUAACAGUGGAACUAGUAGCGUCACUGGAAACGCGAGCGGAAAGAACAAGAAGUCGGGCGGCGAGCCGCCGAACAAAAAAGACGAUACGAAAUUCAGCGAGCAAACUGCGAGACACCAAUUGGCGAUGAGUUUCGCCCUUUUGGUGCGACUGGGAUGCGAUAUUUUGGGGAAAAUGCGUCAGCCGGUUGAGACGGUGUUCGAUAUCAAGGAUCAGGAGAUGAUCAUGCAUCAGAAGCGGCUUUAUGAGGGAUUCAGCGCGAUUCUGAAAGAAUCUUUCGAUUGGAUGCACGUCGUCAUGGAAUCGACUGAAGCGAAAUUGAGAUUCAAUGAGGCUUACCUUCAGCGAGUUGAUCCGUAUACGCAGACUGAUGAGAAGUCCGGAAAGAAGGAAGCGUUGAAUUACAUUGUUUCUCUGAUGAGGGAGAGUCGAGAUGAAGCUCAGGAUAGGCUGCCACAAAUUGAUUAUGAAAUUCUUGAAUCUGUUGGAUUUGUACUUGAAGCCUACCUGGUGUUCCUUAAUUGCAAUAAUGAUAGAAAUAUUGAGUUUAAAUUACUUGUUGAUCAAUAUGAUGAUGCGAAUAAAAGAUGUUACAAGUAUCGAUGCAAAACGACCGAUUACGAGCUUCUUUGUGGAUUUUUCAUGCGUCCUUUGUCGCUAUCGUAUCCUGGCGACAUUUAUGAUGGAGCUUGGAACACGAUUCGUGGGCGAGAUGGAAAAAUGACACUUAACGCUGAUCAAGAUAUUCCGUACAUUUCGAAGCCGCUUCUUCUUGAUAUGGACUGGUCACCAUCGUUUUUGUGGCGAAACUCCGAUAUUGAUGAUCAAAUCAAGCCGUUUAAAAAGCAUUUGGUGAACAAUGUUGAGCAACUCAAUCAUCAUGAGUCUUUCUCAAUUUUUAAUCGAAAAUCGACGUAUGCGAGCAUGGCGAUUCAAUUGCCGAAAAAGGAAUCGAGAUCGGUGAUGAUUAUGAAGAGUUUGAGAGAGCAACAUCGAAAAUGUAUUGGAAAUGAUCAGCGAGUUCAUGAUUGGCCGGCGAUGAGACAAAUUGAUUGGCGAAUGACGAAUUCGUAUCCGAUCGAGCGAAAUUGUCCUCGCAAUCCCGUUGAGCAGCUUCGCGAACGUUUACUCGAACUUUCCUCCGCUUAUGGCAAUUUUGUGUAUUCGAAAUGGAUGCGAACAAUUGAUGUGAUCGCUGAUCGUUAUUAUGACACGCUAUCGGAUGCUUAUGGUCCCGAAGUUGCGCUCGAAUACUCGCCGUUUUUGAAGAGAAUCUCGAGAUUCGGCGUUCGUCAUCAGCUUUUCCUUAAAGCUGCUGAGAAAUAUCGAUCGCUUCAUUUGCCGAAUAAGGAGCUGAAUUUGGAGGUUCACCGCGAUCAGGAAUUGCUUAUACGUGAGACGAUGUACCAUUUGAAUCAUUUGUUUAUCAAAAAGAUGCACAAUUGGAAAGCUGGCGAUGGUCCGGUGCUCGCCGGCACUCGACUACGCGUUCGAUUCGUUGAUGAGCCGGGAGAGGGAACUGGAGUUACGAGGAGUUACUAUACGGCGUUGGCCGAGGCGUUGAUGCAAUUGGAGCAGUCGCCGUUUAAUGUCGAAACGAUGGCGGAUAAAGAAUCGCUGAUGGCCUCAUUGAAUGUGCCGCUGCACAAUUUGGAUGUUCUGAGUCGAGUUCGACGCUUGAAUCGCGACAAAGCGCAACGCCUUUGUGUUGCCAUCAAAAAGGCCAACGUGUUUCCGUUGAAUUUGCGCGCGCCGCGCGCCGACGUCGAGGCGAUUCUUGGCGGCGAGGAUUGGAUUCCGAGAGAUGAAGCCGAACGAGCGUUUAUGAAUUCGGCGAUGCUCAAACAGAAUCAGGAGCGAUUGCGGAAAUUGUACAACGACAUCACAAAAAUUGUGAAAAUCUCAUCGAUUGUUGGAAGAAUCAUUGGAAUUUUGUUCCAAUUGCCGCCGGACAAAUUUAAUGUGUUCGACACGAAUGACGACACGUUGAGACUUUAUGUGCAACACGCGUGGAUCGAAUUAAGAGGCGCUGGUGAAGUUGAUGAUCCGAUUGAAGCGCCGGUCGCGAAAAUGACGGAAGGAUCGACGAAACUGGAGGAUUUGUGGAACGAAGCGAGCAAUUAUGACUACAAUGAAGCGUUGUUCGUCAAAACGCCGGCUGGAAACGCGUAUAUUCCGAAAGAGGGCAAUGCGUCGCCGCUUCGUGUGUCGGCGUUCCGAAAUGUCGGCCGAAUAAUGGGCGUUUGUCUGGCGCAGGGCGACAUUUUCCCGCUGAAACUCGCGAGACACGUGUUCUCGUAUAUUUUGAAGUUGCCCAUCACUUUCUUGGAUUUGGCGUUCUUUGAUCCGACGCUUUUCAACUCGAUUCGCUCGAUUCUCGCUUGCGAUCAGGAUGAUGAGACGAAUUUCGAUUGUAUGGACUUCACCGUGUCAACCGAUCGACCGAAUAUGAGUGUUGUGACGAGGGAAUUGCGAAUGCAUGGUUCUCAAACGCCGGUUGACAAGAAUAAUAUAAUGGAAUAUGCGUAUUUGUACGCGGAUUUCACGCUAUUGGGAGAGAACUUGGCAGCUUUUGAGGCUCUCCGCGAAGGUGUUCUUGACGUGAUUCCGGAGACGAUGCUUUGCGGUCUGACGCCGGAAGACCUUCGCCUCAUCCUUUGCGGAACUGAGAAGAUCUGUGUGGAAACGCUUCAAUCGCACACCACGUUUUUGGACGAGAGCCGAUCGAGCGCCGAGACGUUGACGCGAUUCAAACAGUGGUUCUGGCAGGUUGUCGAGUCGCUCACCGAUCAGGAGAAACAGGAUUUGGUAUUCUUCUGGACCGGCACACCAACAUUGCCGCCGUCGGGCGAAUUCCAGAACAACGCGACGGUGAUGCUUCGGCCUUCGGAGGACAUGUUUCUGCCGACGGCGAACACGUGCAUUUCGCGCCUCUACGUUCCGGUGUACUCGUCGAAGCGGAUUCUCAAAUCGAAGUUGUUGAUGGCGAUCAAAUCGAAAAAUUUCGGAUUCGUCUAA